AUAAAGAGAAAAAUUUAUUAAUAAAUAUGGUUUUAGUUCCAUUUAGAAAGUGCUACCCUUGCCUUGCGUAAAUUGUGUGUUUCGUUAAGUAAUUUGUUAAAGUGUUAAGAAUUCAGAACUUAUACGUUAGAAGUGUUGGAAGUCCAAUUUGUUCUCAAGUAAAAUGCUUUUUAAUACAGCGUGGAUUAAAGGUUACCGAGAAUUUACAUGGGAUGGAGACAAACUUUUCUAUACAGUUUGUUCAAAAAUUAUUCAUGCUGAUAAAAAAUUAAUUGUGGAUCAGCAUGCCAAAUGCUCAAAGCAUAUUCUUAAUAUGCAGAAAUCGGAGGGAGGUACAUCACAGCAAACUCUAAAAACUUGCAUUAAACAAAGUGCAAAACACACCGUUCAACAAAAGCAGUUCAACGAAGAGUUGUACAAAGCAAUGAUUACCAGCAAUAUACUGCUGGCAAAAUUAAACAAUCCCAACCUAAGGCAAUUUCUAGGCAAGUUCUUAGAUGAAACCACAGAUUCAUGCGGUAGAUACAUUGCACAUGCGUUAAUUGGCGUAUUAGAGGAAGCGACCCCUGGCAGAUCUUAUCUUUUUGCGUCAAAAAAACUUGAGAAAGCGAAUAAUUUAACAAUUACCAGAUUUGCUCAAGACUUUUUAACCAAUUUCUUCUUACCUGAUGCAAUCCCAGGAGAAAAAUGUAUCUUAUUUUUAUCUGAUGCUGCACCUUACAUGGUGAAAGCAGGAUAA